UGUAGUUAAUAAAUUUACUUAACAUGUUUUUUUAUUUGGUUUUGCAAUCUAUUAAUUAAUUAUACAAUCAACAACACGUUUAAAUGUGUAAAAUGUUAAUUCAAUUGUUAAAAUUGGAUCAAAACGUAAAAAAUACGCUAGUGAUCCCAAGCAGGGACAGGUGAUCUCAAGCAAAAAAAAAAGUGGGAAAAGUUGAUCCCAAGCAGUUCAUAUCUAAGAAGCUGUCCAGCAUGGAGGUGGAAACAGAUGUGUUAGCUGCAGUUUCAUCUACUGUAGAUAUACAGUCAAAUGAAUUGACAGAAUUUUCAUCUUCUGAAGAUUUGAAACCAGAUCUAUUGACCAUAUUUUCAUCUUCUGCUGGCAUCAAUACAGAAUUAUUGUCAUUUUAUAAUUUUCAGAAUAUAAAACCUGACAUGACAUUUAAAACCACUCAAGAUGUUAAACCUGAUGUUACACCAGAUUUUUCUUCUUCUGCUGACAUCAAAACAGAAUUAUUGACAUUGAUUAAUUUCCAGGAUAUAAAACCUAACAUGUCAUUUAAAACUUAUCAAGAUGUUAAACCUGAUUUUAAUUCAGAAUUUUCUUCUUCUAAUGACAUAAAACCAGAAUUAUCAUUUUUUAAUGUUCAGGAUAUAAAACCUAACAUGUCAUUUAAUACUUCUCAAGAUGUUAAACCUGAAAUUACAUUUUCAAUUGAAAAAAUUAAUAAGAAACCAGCUGCAUCAGCAGUAUUUUCACCAUCUGAAAAUUUAAAACCAGAAUUAUCAUCUUCUGAAAAUUUAAAACAAGAUUUCACAACAGAAUUUUUAUUUUUUGAGGAUAAACAAGAAAAUAAACUUGAAGAAAAUCUACAAUUGUCUAGGGACAACGGAAAUAAAAUUAUUUAUUAUAAUCAAACAUUUUCUCAAAGUUCUGAAAGUAAUAUGCAUAAAAAUGUUCAUUCUGAAGAUAAGCCAUAUAAGUGUGAGGUUUGUCUUAAAAGGUUUUCUCAAAGUUCUAACUUAAAUCAACAUAAAAAUAUUCAUACAGGAGAAAAGCCAUAUAAUUGUGAUGUUUGUCAUAAAAGGUUUUCUCAUAGUUCUGGUUUAAGUAAACACAAAUAUGUUCAUUCUGGAGUUAAGCCGUAUGAAUGUCAUGUUUGUCAUAAAAGGUUUUCUCAAAGUUCUAACUUAAAUCAACAUAACAGGAUUCAUUCAGGAAUAAGGCCAUAUGAAUGUGAUGUUUGUCAUAAAAGGUUUUCAAAUAGUUCUAACUUAAAUCAACAUAUUAUGAUUCAUAUAGGAAAAAGGCCACAUAAAUGUGAUGUUUGUCAUAAAAGAUUUUCUACAAAUUCUUAUUUAGAAAAAUAUAAAAAAGUGCAUUCAGGAGAUAAGCCACAUGAAUGUGAUGUUUGUCAUAAAAGGUUUUCAGAAAGUUCUGAUUUAAGAAAACAUAAAAAGAUUCAUUUAGGAGAUAAACCACAUGAAUGUGAUGUUUGUCUGAAAAGAUUUUCAUAUAGUUAUCAUUUAAAAGAACAUAAAAAAGUUCAUUCUGGAGAUAAGCCAUAUGAAUGUGAUGUUUGUCAUAAAAAGUUUAGUCAGAAGAUAAAUUUAUCAUAUCACAAAAAUGUUCAUUCUGGAGAUAAGCCAUAUGAAUGUGAUGUUUGUCAUAAGAAGUUUUCUCAAAGGUCUAACUUAAGUACACAUAAAAAGAAGCAUUCAGGAGAAAAGGCAUAUAAUUGUGAUGUUUGUCAUAAAAGGUUUUCAGAAAGUUCUGAUUUAAGAAAACAUAAAAAGAUUCAUUUAGGAGAUAAACCACAUGAAUGUGAUGUUUGUCUGAAAAGAUUUUCAUCUAGUUAUCAUUUAAGAGAACAUAAAAAAGUUCAUUCUGGAGAUAAGCCAUAUGAAUGUGAUGUUUGUCAUAAAAAGUUUAGUCAGAAGAUAAAUUUAUCAUAUCACAAAAAUGUUCAUUCUGGAGAUAAGCCAUAUGAAUGUGAUGUUUGUCAUAAGAAGUUUUCUCAAAGGUCUAACUUAAGUACGCAUAAAAAGAAGCAUUCAGGAGAAAAGGUAUAUAAUUGUGAUGUUUGUCAUAAAAGGUUUUCUCAAAGUUCUGGUUUCAGUAAACACAAAUAUGUUCAUUCUGGAGAUAAGCCAUAUGAAUGUGAUGUUUGUCAUAGAAGAUUUUUUUGUAGUUCUAACUUAAAUAAAUAUAAAAAAGAUUCAUUUAGGAGAAAGACAACAUGAAUGUGGUGUUUGUCAUAAAAUCUUUGUGGAGAAGAAAGAUCUAUUACGACAUAAAAUUAUUCAUUCUGCAGAUAAACCACAUGAAUGUGAUGUUUGUCAUAAAAGGUUUUCUAGAAAUUCUGAUUUAAAAAAACAUAAAAAAUUUCAUUCUGCAGAUAAACCAUAUGAAUGUGAUGUUUGUCUGAAAAGAUUUUCAUUUAGUUAUCAUUUAAGAGAACAUAAAAAAGUUCAAUGAGGAGAUAAACCACAUGAAUGUGAUGUUUGUCAUAAAAGGUUUUCUAGAAAUUCUGAUUUAAAAAAACAUAAAAAUGUUCAUUCUGGAGAUAAGCCGUAUGAAUGUGAUGUUUGUCAUAAAAGGUUUACUCGAAAAUCUAACUUAGGUAAACAUAAAAAGAUUCAUUCAGGAGAACAGGUGUAUAAUUGUGAUGUUUGACCUAAAAUCUUUGCAAAUAAGAAUAAUC